ACUGUUGCUGCAAAGCAAGCCAACGACAACAAUACCGCCACCUCUUACUCUCUGCCUACCCCUCCUCCUCCUCCUUUCCCCUCUUUCUUAUCAUCUUCCGCCUCCUCCUCCUUCUCUCCCUCUUUGGUCUACCUCCCAUUAGUUAUUCGGUCCGCUUCCAUUUGGCAUCUUCUUACCGUUUUCCUCCUUUGGAACGAAACCACAACAUCGAUAUUUCCAGGAGCUGGGUCCUUCCAUCUGGCACCACGUGGAGGUAAUUUCAUUACUGGACUUGUUGCUACCAGAUGUCAACGGAUUCGGUUGUCUGAAGUGAAAAUGUCUGCCAGUUGCUGUGCAAUCUGGAACACGCCAUAUCAGUUGUACAAAUCUGUGGAUGCGGUGACCUAUUGAAGAUCAUACAUGUCGUUAAGAAAUCUUGUAGUCUGGUAGAUAUGAAAACCGUGUACAAAUGAAACAAUUACUCCACAGAUAAACUGUAUGAUACAUUUAUAUACACAUACUCAACAGAUAAAAGUUAUAUACACGUGCACUACAGCUACAACAUUCAUAUACACAAAACGAAGAAAAACAAAUUAUAUUUUAUGGAUUAAAAGUAUAUACAAGAAAGUAACUCGAAAUAAAUUGAAAAGAGUACGAAAAAAAAACAAGGACAAAGAGUAAAAAUUGUAAGGCAAAGGGAGUACACUAAAAAAAAAGGAACGAUGUCUUCAACUGUUAUAUUUGCCCGAAACAGCAAUAACAACAACAACAAUGCCGAACAGAAGACAAGUCUGUUGCGGACCGGAAGUGAUAGUAGUUAUGGGGCAGAUGACUACGACCAAGACUGUUACUCAGACGAAGAUGUGUUCGUCGAUGAAUGCAACGAAGACAAUGCUUCCCUUUCAAAACCAUUGAUGCACGCCCGUUCUCGGUCGCGGGUCCGUCCUUGCUCUCGCUCCAAAGUGACCACACGCCGUCCACCCUGUCGAUGUAGAUAUUUAGUUCGUCCCAUCUGCUGUUUCCUACUUCUGGUCAGUACUUUAAGUACAUUAAUGGUACUCGUCCUGUAUAUGGUGGGUUCCUUCUCCGGUGAUUCCGACAAUCUGAAGAAGAAUGGUAAAGGGAGCUGGCAGUCGACGUCUGGUCAGUGGUCUUCUGCAAGUGACUAUGGUUAUCUGCCGUUUGACAAGAACGUAAUUGGUUGUUCCAAUGUUGAAGUGGAAGAUGUGUGGGUAGUAGGUUUGCCAAAACUCACCACCGAAUCAGCAAUACGCUUGGUUGACGUGAACUCCGACGGAGAGUUGGAUAUCAUCUUUGGAUUCGGAACAGGUGUUGAUGGCAAGAAUAUUCCGGAAGUGGUGUGUAAAAUCUACUUCAACAAUACGUUCCCAUGUUUCGGGGGUGUGAUGGCUUUGGAAGGACAAACGGGCAAGGAGCUCUGGAGGCACUACAGUAACCAUGAGGUGUAUGGUUUAAACUGUAACUCAGAUUUAAAUGGGGACAAUAUCCCGGAUUGUUUGGCUGGUGGUCGCGCCGGGGUGUUCCAAGUGAUCAGCGGUCGAGACGGAACCCUAAUUUGGGACUUUGGUCACCAAAAGGCCAAAAACGGAAUAAUGAACCUCUACACAGCCCAGUUCAUCCGUGACCUCGAUGGUGAUGGGGUUUUAGACGUGCUGGCUGUCCACGGCGGUGACCCAUUGCAGCACCCGAACAGUGUCUUCCGGUUGCCAGGUCGUAUCGUGAUAUUCAGCGGAAAAGCCGGUAAUGUGUUGCGUUGGGUUGGAGUACCCGAUAAAAGGGAGUCGUAUUACUCACCCCAAGUAUAUAUGUUACCUGGCGGCACAGAAAUGGUUAUCUUCGGCACUGGCGGAGAGACUCACCCUGGUUCUCUCUGGAGGAUAUCAUUGUCUGAUCUCUAUGCAGGGAAAAUUGAGCGAGCACAGAAAAUCUACGGAGACGACAGUAAAGGUGUGAUGACGCCACCUGUUCUCUUAGAUCUGACGGGAGACGGCGUCGAAGACAUUGUGGUUCCACUGUUUAAUUCUACAGUCUUGGCAAUAGAUGGUCUUACCAUGGCCGUUAUAUGGAACUAUUCCUUCCCGUCAUCAGAAUCAUACAAUACACCAGCAGCUGGUUACUAUAACAACGACGAUGUGCCGGACUUUAUGGUGAAGUACGCCCACGGACCUGGCUUCCCAGUUUACUAUUAUUCACAGGUGAUUAUUGUUGCGUGGCGACGGCUGCUGCUGCUGCUGCUGCUGCUGCAGUUAUUGUUGUCAUUAUUAUUAUUAUUAUGCCAUUCAUUCAUACGGGAGAAUUCUACGUUGUCCCACAGAGAUGAUGGUCUAUCUAUUGUUUCAGGAACUAACGUUCACAAAAAGAGCCGAGCAGAUUUCUGUCGAAUGCGAUUCAAAACGAAAGGUUAUGCCAAGUUGUACGCCACGAGUCAACAUAUCAAGGCCCCGGGAAAGACACUCUAUUACUCAGAAGAACGAAACAAAGACGAGCACAAAGCGUGGGUUAACACGACAGAGGAGGUUGUGAAGUUCAUCAGCAACUCCCCAGAGUAUCUGGACGACUAUCUCUAUUAUCUUUCACUCACUGUUCCUGUGAACUUUGGUGAAGAAGAUCAGAUGAAAGUGGCCGAAAAGCAGAGAAUCAUCAAUGAAUAUGGACCAAUCAGUAAAGAAUCGGCCAGGAAACAAUACGGUAAGAGCGGUGAGAGUGGGUCUGCCCCGAAAAAGGGUAAUGUCGAUAACCAACGGAAGUCAUCGCAGCAAAAAGGAAGUAGAUAUUAUAACAACAAUAAAAACAUUGAUGCAGCUCGGGCCCUGGGAGGAGACCGAGGUUAUUUCUUGGGUCGCGGGAUCGAUACCAGAAUGAGUAGCAAUUCUAGGCCUACCAAUAAUCGAAGAAUUAUCAACGAUGCUAAUGGUGGCAAUGGCGACCGUGCUAAUGUCGAUUCUUCACAAUUUGGUGACUUUUACGACACUGCUGAUGGUGGUGGUGGUGGUGAUGAUGGUGGUGGUGGAGGUGGUGGUGCUGGUGCUGGUGGUGGUGGUGGUGGUGGUGGUGGUGCUGGUGCUGGUGCUGGCUAUACGGGGUUGGAUUCUUCGAGGGACUAUUCUCAGGACUCACAAGAUUAUUCUUUAUAUCCAUACCAGCAAAACUCUCAAAAUGGUCAAGACGAUACUGGAAUCCGUCAAGGUGAACUGCGACAAAAUUCGAACAAAAAUCGUUACAGAAAUUAUAGAAACCAAUACAGUGAUACAGAUCGAUACAAUUACGGCAGAAUGCGGCAAAAACGAAUUGAAAGACAACCGAAAAGAAGCACCCAAUCUGACAUUACACCAGAUGGCGCAUGGAAGCGCUCGCAGAAAAAUAUCCGUCCUUCAACAGCUGAAAACAACAUUAGUGGCGAACAAACGUUACAAGAACUGUCUAAUAUAAUUAUGAGGCGUAAAAGAGCAAUCGCUAAACAAGUAAAAGACAUUAAAACAUCUACGAAUGAACAAAAUGUUUCCCAACAAGAAAGCACACUGCGAGAAAAACGAAGAAUCACCAGAGAAAUUCGUUCAAAGAAGCAAAAUGAGAAAUACUCAGAAAGUAAAAUUGUAGAAAAUUUGAAAAAAUUGUUUUCUUUAAAACGAAAUCGGCGCCAUAUUGGUCCACAUGAUACGAAAGGUCUGAUGAGACUUAUAUCAACUGGUUCUUUGGUUCCGUCUAAUUUACCUCCAAACCACCCAGACUUCAACCAUUCCAUCGAUAUUGUAUUUGCUACCUAUUGGUUUUACCCAGCAGAAACGAGAAUUAUUUUACCACAAGACAAAAAGUGUAUACAACAGAGAAUGGAUGACCAAAGCAUACGUUUUGAUCAGACGAGUAAAUACUAUGGCAUGGAUGACGAUGCGUAUGAACAUGCUAUCACUGAAGAAUGUUUGCAAGUUCAUGGAAAGAAAGAACAUCACCACGACAACUAUAAUCCGUACAAUAUACCAAUGGGACAGAUGACACUCUACAGACUUCGGAUUACAUGUACAUGUAAAGACGACAACGAGGUGAAAAAUGGAACGAAGCGAUGUGCAAGAAUAUUACCAUUCAAUGAUCAACAGUGGCCGGCUUAUAUGGGAUCACGUGCUGACAGUCAUUGGUUACCAAGGCAACACAGAAGGCCACAGUCACAACAUAGAAAAUAAAGCGGGCGAAUAUAAAAGAAAAAUACUAUUCUACUGUUUGAAAAAAUAAGUAUAGAGAAAAAACAAAGGCAAAAGACAAUACACGAGUGUUUGCGUGCGUUUGUAUAUAUA